AUGGGAGUCCGUUACCGACUGAAAGACAGUGUAAAAUGGGAACCGGAUUACGAAAUAGGCAUCAAGUGCCCAUACUGCGAAACUGUUGUAGGAGCCUACACGGAAGAUCCAUUGCUCUGCAAGAAGUGCCUAGAAUGGUUUCAGUUUUAUGUGGUUCGUUGUGAUGAGAUUCUGUCAUAUACAAGCGGCUUGGGAGCAGCUAUAACACGACUUAGAGAGCCUGUUGCCCCGGCCAACAAAAAGCGGCCUCGUAUCGAAGAUUCUGAAGAUGAGGACGAUCCUAGGAUUUUCAAACGCGUGGCUUAUAUGGCUAUACAUCUUACGUGUACUGGUGGUAGUGUUGAGAUGGAAAACCGUGAUCCCUCUGAUGUGGAGUUGUACAGCACCAAGCAACCCAGGAUUACACAGAUAAUCGACGAGCCUAGCGACGAGUAG